AUGGAAGACAACAUUGACCUUGACACUGGUGAGCAUUCCAAAAUGGAAGACAACAUUGACCUUGACACUGGUGAGCAUUCCAAAAUGAAAGACAACAUUGACCUUGACACUGGUGAGCAUUCCAAAAUGAAAGACAACAUUGACCUUGACAUUGGUGAGCAUUUCAAAAUGAAAGACAACAUUGACCUUGACAUUUGUGAGCAUUUCAAAAUGGAAGACAACAUUGACCUUGACAUUUGUGAGCAUUUCAAAAUGGAAGACAACAUUGACCUUGACAUUGGUGAGCAUUUCAAAAUGAAAGACAACAUUGACCUUGACAUUUGUGAGCAUUUCAAAAUGGAAGACAACAUUGACCUUGACAUUUGUGAGCAUUUCAAAAUGGAAGACAACAUUGACCUUGACAUUGGUGAGCAUUUCAAAAUGAAAGACAACAUUGACCUUGACAUUUGUGAGCAUUUCAAAAUGGAAGACAACAUUGACCUUGACAUUAUUGAGCAUUUCAAAAUGGAAGACAACAUUGACCUUGACAUUAUUGAGCAUUUCAAAAUGGAAGACAACAUUGACCUUGACAUUGGUGAGCAUUUCAAAAUGGAAGAUUGCAGCAAUAGUAAAACUUGA